CUGCUCGCCCUCACAGUAGGAUGUGCUGACGGCGAACAGGGUUAAAAAGAGUUGAGCUGCUCGGCAUGUAGUGGACGAAGCUGACAAAGUGAUUAUUAGUUCAUUUUUCAAGGAGCAGCGAAUGUCGCAGGUGGAUACCGGUGAGUGUGACGCUUCCUUGGCGGUAAGCGAAGAAAAAGAAGUUGUUUUUCGUUGGCGUUUGAUGCACGUAUUACUGAGGGGAAAUGAGUAACAAGAUGGACGGUUCAGCGGGACAGGGUGCCAAAGCCAAUGGGCCCAUUGCAGCACCUAACACCCCCACAAGUACAAUGGGCCCCCCUCUGUCCCCAGAAGAGCUGGCCGAAGAGCAGCAAUCAUCCCUGACAGAUGUCACUCAAAUGUGGAUUAACUUUGCCAAGACUUUUGCCCUCAUAUUUCCCAUCUACGUCUUGGGAUAUUUUGAAUUCAGCUUUAGCUGGGUUCUGAUUGGACUUGCGAUGCUUUUCUACUGGAGGAAGAACUAUGGCAACAAGGACUACAGGAUAAACCGUGCCUUAGCAUUCCUGCAGCAGGAGGAGAAAGCGGUGAAGCAAAGUGUGCCAACCACAGAGCUGCCACCAUGGGUCCAUUAUCCAGAUGUGGAAAGAGUGGAAUGGCUGAAUAAGACGGUGAAGCAGAUGUGGCCGUUUAUCUGCCAGUUUGUGGAGAAGCUGUUCAGAGAGACCAUCGAGCCGGCGGUGAAGGGCGCUAACCCUCAUCUCAGCACCUUCUGCUUCACCAAGAUUGACAUGGGCGACAAGCCGCUGAGAGUGAAUGGAGUGAAAGUUUACACAGAAAAUGUGGACAAGAGGCAGGUUAUCAUGGACCUGCAGAUCAGUUUUGUCGGGAAUACAGAAAUUGACGUGGACAUCAAAAAGUACUACUGCAGGGCCGGAAUCAAAAGUAUACAGCUUCAUGGAGUGAUGAGAGUGGUGAUGGAGCCGCUGCUGGGGGACAUCCCUCUGAUCGGAGCCCUUUCUGUCUUUUUCCUCAAGAAACCUUUGCUGGACAUCAAUUGGACUGGGCUCACAAAUAUGUUGGACAUUCCUGGUGUCAAUGGGUUAUGUGACAAUCUACUGCAGGACAUCAUCUACAGCUACCUGGUGCUGCCAAACCGCAUUGACAUCCCGCUAGUGUCAGAGGCCCAGAUGGCUAGACUGCGCUUUCCCAUUCCCAAGUGCAUCCUGAGAAUCCACUUCAUCGAGGCUCAGGAACUGCUGCGUAAGGACAAGUUCCUGGGAGGGCUGGUCAAAGGGAAGUCGGAUCCGUACGGAGUCAUCAAGAUUGGGAUGGAUCUCUUUCAGAGCAAAGUCAUCCACGACACCGUAAACCCAAAGUGGAACGAAGUUUAUGAGGCCUUGGUGUAUGAUCACUCGGGGAGCAGUAUGGAGAUUGAACUGUUCGAUGAAGACCCUGAUCAGGACGACUUUCUGGGAAGUCUUGGAAUCGACAUGGCCGAGCUCCAGAAGGAACAGAAGGUCGAUGAGUGGUUUCCAUUGGAAGAUGUGGCUUCAGGGAAGUUACACCUCAAACUGGAGUGGCUGUCUCUGUUGUCCACCCCUGAAAGGCUGGACCAGGUGCUGUCGAGCAUCAGAGCAGAUCGCAGUCAAGCCAGUGACGGCCUCUCGUCUGCGGUGCUCAUUGUCUUCCUGGAUUCGGCCAGAAACCUUCCGAGUGUCUUCGAGGGGAACUUGGGCUCUGGCUACUUAAAAGAGAGGCGCGCGGCGGGCCUCGUGUUUUGCGAGAACACGGCUUCUCUCUAUCGGAGCUUAUUUCGCAAUCCGUUAGAGUUCAACCAAGCGGGGCUGAGGAAGGGCUCGGUCAGUAAGGCCAUCAAGUCUGGUAAGAAGGUGACCAGUGAUCCCAGCCCGUUUGUCCAGUUCAGAGUGGGACACAAGUCCUACGAGAGUAAGACCAAAUAUAAGACUCAUGAACCGUUGUGGGAGGAAACCUUCACCUUCCUCAUCCACAAUCCCAAAGUCCAAGAGUUGGAGGUUGAGGUGAAGGAUGAGAAGCACGAUUGUUCACUGGGGACAUUAACACUGCCCCUGACUCGCCUGCUGGAGGCAGAGGAGAUGACGCUGAACCAGAGGUUCCCUCUGAGGAACUCUGGACCGAGCUGUACCCUCAAGAUCAAAAUGGCUCUGCGGGUGUUAGGUCUGGAUAAGGGCACUUCAACAGCUUCAAACUCCACCCCGUCCUCAGUGCAGGUCCGCAAAUCCGAGUCCUCCAACUCGACCCCACGGCCCUCUAUCUCCUCAGAAUCGCCCAAGCCUCCCGCCUCUACCUCAGACAUUCCCAGAUCAUCCUCUGUGUCAGCCAAGGAGGUGCUGAACAGGCAGAAAGAAGCUAAGGAGACUGUGAGGACCCAGCGAAGCAUGGACUUUGGGCAGGAUGGCAGUGCAGGUGGAGGAGGGAAGAGCUUGGCGGAGACUGGGCGAAGCACCUCAAACCUGGCCAUCUCGGGCUCCCAGCAGUACCUGGCCAGUGGCAAGGAGCCAACUCCCAGCAUUGCUUCAGACAUCUCCAACCCUUACGCUGCUCAGGAGCUGCAGCAAAGACUCGAGCAGUUUCACAAUGGUUCAGGCCCCAGUCAUUUCCCCCUGGGGGAGAUCCAGCUGACGAUCAGACACAGCUCCCAGAGAAACAAACUCAUCGUAGCUGUUCACAGUUGCAGAAACCUCAUAGCUUUCACUGAUCAUGGCUCGGAUCCUUACGUCCGGCUCUACCUGCUUCCUGACAAACGGAGGUCAGGUCGAAGGAAAACUCCAACAGUUAAGAAAAACCUCAACCCGGUCUACGAUGUGACGUUUGAGUUCAGCGUUUCCCUUGUGGAGCUCCACAGGCGGACUCUAGAUGUUGCCGUGAAGAACGGUGGAGGUCUGCUCUCCAAACACAAAGGCCUGCUUGGAAAGGUUAUGGUGGAAUUGACUCAUGAUCAGAUCACCAAGGGUUGGACACAAUGGUAUGAGCUGAGCUCAGAUGGCCUGGCCAAGUCCAACCAACUUUAAGUCGCCAUCAUUAGUAUCGUCAUCAUAUCACCACACUUCCACUUUAUAUUCACUUCACUUCCAUCUCUACAGUACGAUGUGUUUUUUUUAAUCAUUCUCAUUAUUUCUAACUGUAAGAAACAAACUGAUUAAGAAAAGCAGCUUUUGACACUCAUUUAAUCACAUCAGUCGCAAGGCAAACCUUCCCUUUAAGAAGUGAGUGAUUGGCUAAAGGGAGUAUAUACAUGUAGAGAACUAUACUACGUUGUGUAGUGCUAUGGAAACCUAUAUUCUAUAUUUAGAGAAGUGACUGUUUUUUGUUGUCUUUCCACAAAGAAUGACAGUGUACAAGUGUGUAAAUAAUGUACAGUGAUGCUGGACAAAUCAGAGUACGGGGGUGUAUUGUAGAAGUGAGAAGGAGUCGUGGUGUCUUACUUGGCCAAAUGAUUGUUUAUAAUUUUAUUUCAUUUGAUUCAAUUUUUAUUUUUUAAAUGCAAAAAACAUUCUGGACAGAGUCGCACCAAAGAGUCGAGUAUUUUUAUUAUUUAGCGCAGUUGGGGUUUUGAGUAACACAGCAAUACACUGGCUUUAUUUCACCGUAAUAACGUGUGUGUGUGUGUGUGUGUGUGUGCGUGUGUGUGUGUGCGCGCAAAACCCAAGCAAAAAUAACGAUACGCACACACGUGUUGUUUUAUUUGGUGACAUGUUUCUGGGUUUACAUUGAGAUAAGGCCAUUAUUAAGUGUUACCUGUUUGUUUUUUAAAAACUGAAUAUGAAUAUUUGCACUUUUUUUUUUUGUUUGUUUUUUUAAAUCUGUUGAUGAUCAUAUUUACUCGGUGCAAACAUCGCCAAAAUUCAUCUAUAGACAAGUACAUUUUUUUAAACAAUAAGAGGUGGUAAAAAAAAUAGUGUCAAAAGUUCAUGGAAUAGUUUAACAUUUUGAUGAAAAUGUUUCACUCACAGGUCUCUGCAAGAAGAUGUUUAGCUUAGCUUAGCUUAGCCUAGCUUACUUUAACAAUAAAGUUUGUGUGUCCUUUUUUGGGGGAUUUCUUCCCUCACUGUUUGGGUUACGUUUAGUCACCACAACUACAGGUUUGCCUAUUAAACCUGGACAUAAAAAAUGCUGAACAAACCCAAGUAACUAUUUGUAAAAAGUGUAGAGUGAGACCUAUUUCACUCUCACUAUUGGCCAUGGCUGUUAAGUCAGUGCACAGAUGCCAAACGUCUCAAUGCAUACCCGAGACAUUGGUGGUCCGGCAUUAUUCGACACCCUGGGAAUGGAAAUGGUCCAGAUGACCUCAAAAUUAUCUUUUAUUUUACCAUAAGGUGCUGUGACAUAUACGUUAUCUUUCCUUACAGAGAAUUUAGUUUUUUGAAAUCAGUAACCUUAUUAAUAAACUAAGUAACAGCUGGCUAAAAUAAUUAUUUACAACAAAUAUGUGUGAUGGGACUAAAGGCCACAUAGAGGUACCUUUUUUUUUUAUUAGUGAUAGCUGAACAUCGGUAAAACUAAUUAACAAGCCGUGUUUCAAAAGUUUAAGAUGUUUUGGUUGCAGAGGGAGGCUCAUCAGAAGACUAAGCUAAACUAAGCUAACUCAUCUCGACAGCUGCUGGUUUUAAGUUUUACGGGGUUUUUUAUUUUUCUCAAAAUGUGUUACUAUUCCAUCAUAAAACUGUAUUUUAACAGAAGUGUUUUAAGGAUCACCCACUCAUCCUUUAUGUUCGUAAAGCCACUAUAUGUAGAAGUGUAAAUUGUCCACGGACAGUCUCCGUAUUGGUCGUAUGGAAAAAGACAUAAUGACAAUCAAUUUUGGUUUUUAAACUUUUAUUUACAUUUUAUGGUAGAGGCUUAACAUUAUAGUGAAAAAUCAAAAAAUUCUCUAUGAGGAAACCUUAAAUUAUAUAUUUGUCUGGUUUGAGAAGAAGCCAAUGGUAGCCUCGGGAUUUUUUUUUUGUUUCUUAUUAAUUUAUUAUUGUUCCCUGUUGACUUCCUGUUAUAUGUGUUAGUAAAAAGCAGUAAAAGUCUUGUUUUUCCUGCAUUGAUAUAAUAAAGUAAUUCAUCAUUCUAACUUCACUGAUGCUCUUCUUUAACUGAAAUUCUGUUAAUGCCAGUUCUUUGCAACAAAUGUUUUGGCUAGUGUUCAUUAAUGUCACCCGAUUUCACAGGGAUUACAUAUUGGAAAGCAUCUACACAUAGUGGCUUUAAAAAUAUUUGGCACCAUGAUUUUCUUCAGUGAAACAAAUGUUUCUUUUAAAAAUUUAUUUGUAACACUCAGAGCAGGUUUUGUUGUUGUUGCGGUAGCAUUCAUAUUUCCACUAGCAUCAGCUGUUCAGUUUGUUUAUGAAUCCACUUAAGUCUUAACUCCGAAUGCCAUCUGAAGGAAGGUGCACAGACAUGAGUUGAAAAUGAUCUUCCGUGUUUUUUUUUUGUCUAUAUCUUUUUAAAUACAGUUUUGACUUUACAGCACACAAUCUGAAGGGAUUUAUAUCAAAAAAAUACAAAACAACCAUAGCUUUUGUGUAUGUGACCCGACGCAGCCAAAGAACAGCAGAUUUUCUGUUGAUAAAAGUUUGGGUAGUUUGACCUUGGAUUCUCACAAUAUAACUUCUGGAUAUUUGCCUUGUGCUCACAUCAAGCAUUGACAAAGUAUUUUACAUUUAUGUAUGUUAACUGCAUUUUAAUGUCUUGAUGUUUUUUUAUUUGUGUUUCCCGUCUUGUCUGUAAAGCAUCAGAUUUGAAACCUGUGCCUCUGGGGUCAAGGUUGUCUUCUCCCAUAUGGAAGUAACAUAACAAAACUAAAUGCUGGUUUUAUAUGUAUUGUGUGUCCGGUGAAAAUGGCCCCUUUUUUCUUUUCCUUUUUUUGUGUGUGUCAUGCAACAUAAUUAUAAAUAUUCUGUAUGCAAGGGGGAAAAUUUACAAGUAAACUAUAGUAUAUGACAUGUUAGUAUUUUGAGACUUGUGUUACAUUUGCUGUUAGAGAGAAUGGGACUUUUCUUUUUCUCUUCUAUUCCAUAUGGGCUGAAAAGCAGUUUCACUUCUGUGUCUUCUUAAUUUAUCUCGUGCCUUAAAAUGUACAUGACCCAGAGAUAUUUACAUGUUUCGAAAGAAGCAGCAAAUUGCUAAAACAGCUUCCUUGUUCCUGAAUGUCUCCUAAAUGUCUUUUAAAAUUAAUAAAGAGCUUUGGCUGGCGUAUUGCAGCAUGAAGCUGUACAGGACUGUGGUUUUUG